GCAAGUUAAAGAAGAAAAGGGGGAGGGGGCCCCUGAGAGAAGUGAGGGGGGGGGGGAUAGAGAGGGGAGGUCACAUUGGGUGAUGCCGGCAGCUGUGCACCCUCGCAGAAAAAGAGAGAGCAGUCUAGGCGGCGGAGGGAUGUGUCCGGUAGAGUAAAGCGGCUCAGCCGGAACUUUAUCCCAAGCAGGCUGACUGUGUGUGGCUGCUUCUCAUUGUGACUGAGCAGCUCAGGGAACUGCCGGACUCCUCUCUGUGCAUCCCAUCCCAAGCUUCCUUCCUUGGCUAGAUACAGGGCAAACUCCGCGCAACUUUAUUCCCUGCACCCAAAGAUUUGAGAGGCAGCAGCCCGCUGAAGGGGAAUAUUUGUUCUGUCAGCACGCAAAGAAGAGCAAUGCCUUCUGUGAUGGAGAAGUCAACCGGCUCCUCUGCUGUUAUCUCCCGCAACAGGGUCAAAUCCGACAGCCUGGGCAAUUCUGAGGAAGAGAGCAGCGAGGAUGAAGCUCCACGGGACAGCAUGAUUCGAGUAGGCUCUGAUUACCAAGCUCAGAUUCCUGAAUGUAAACCAGAGUAUUCAUCUCCAUCCAGCAACGUGGAAUUAAAGGGAAUGUUGGUUUGGUCGCCCAGUCAGUUUGUUUCUGAUGCAAAGUUGAAUGAAUACAUCACUAUGGCUAAAGAGAAGCAUGGAUACAAUGUGGAGCAGGCACUGGGGAUGCUGCUGUGGCACAAGCACGAUGUGGAGCGUUCCCUCGCUGACCUGGCGAAUUUUACUCCUUUCCCUGAAGAAUGGAGUGUGGAAGACAAGGUUCUCUUUGAGCAGGCAUUCAGCUUCCAUGGAAAAUGCUUCCAGCGCAUCCAGCAAAUGCUCCCUGAUAAGCUGAUCCCCAGUCUGGUGAAGUAUUACUACUCUUGGAAGAAGACUCGCAGCAGAACCAGUGUUAUGGACAGGCAGGCUCGGCGGCUGCAAACCAAAAGGGAGGAAGGCAUGGACGACACAGAGGAGCCGAACAAGAUGUGUGAAAACGAAACAGAUGUUACAGAGACAAAGAGAGAGGCCCCCGACACCCAGAAAUCUGUCUCAGGAGUAUUGGGCGGGAAAACCGGACCAGUCAGAAAGGAACCAUUAGUCUCUCAGUACAGACACCACCCCCUGCGUUCCCGCCGAAGGCCCCCCAAAGGCAUACACCUCAACAAAAGUGACGUUUCAGCUGUGUGUGCCAGCUCAGAAAUGCCAGCAAUUGCCUUGUGCCAGCUGGAGACACAACUUAUCUCACUGAAACGCCAGGUUCAAAAUAUCAAACAGAUGAAUAGUAGCUUAAAGGAGAGCCUCGAGGGAGGAAUCAGUGAGAUGAGACCCCCAGAGUUGAACAUUAAGCUGAAUGCCCGUUGGACUACAGACGAACAACUCCUGGCUGUGCAAGCGGUGAGAAAAUACGGAAAGGAUUUCCAGGCCAUCUCGGAGGUUCUUGGCAAUAAAACACCAUCUCAGGUGAAGACUUUCUUCAUUAGUUACCGUAGGCGCUUUAAUUUGGAAGAGGUGCUCCAGGAGUGGGAGGCUGAACAGGAGCACAGCCCUUCCCCGGCAUCCACUGACAUUAGCAAUAAGACUUCAGGUUCAUCUCAGACUCCAAGUGAGGAGGAUGAUGAGGUGCAGAUAACCUCCGUAUCAUCUUCCUCCCAGCCUGCACCUCCUGCUGCUGCACUCUCGCUCCCCCCACCGCUUCUGCGCCCGGCUAUUCCUUCUGCUCCCACGCUGCACCGUCAGCCCCCUCCACUCCAGCCCGGACGCCUCCUGCAGCCCCGUCCUCCUCCACUUGUACGUCCUGCCCCUCGGCAGAGCCCCCGUGCUCCUCCGGCCUUGGUGGGAAGUCAUGCUGAGUCGACUUUCUCUUGAGGAACUGAUUCAGUUAUCUCCUAUGGAUAUUUUUUGAGGGUUGGGGUAUUUAUGGGAGGACAACACUGAAAAUAUUUAAUAACUGGACUUCUGCAUAGCAUUGCAUCUGCCAGAAUGUGCAUGGGUUAAGUGAACACAUGGCAGCCACGGGUGUGCGUGCAAAAUGCUUUUAUCAGUGUUACUUUAUAGGUAAGUCUGUACUGGAGGAAGAGAAUUCAUACCUUUAUGUUGCCCUACGCACUUCAUUCCUCACUGUGCAGUCGUUUUUUAAAUGAAUAAACUGUAAAGGCAUUCAGUGGGGAAAGGAAAGUAACAGUGUGCCCUCUGCUGUUGGUCUGUGGUAGUUACAAAAUGUAUUGGCUGCCUUGGCAAUGCACAGUAGAUGGCAGCCAUUGACUAUGGCUACACUAAUGGGACUUGGCGAGUGUGAGUAGGGGAGCUGAUGCACGCACAUGUACUAUAUAGUUUACAAAUGGGGAAUCUCUCUUGAGAACUUUUCUUUCUUUCUUGUGGCACAGAGUACUGUUUAAAGCUAACAGAGUCCAAUGUCUGUUUAUUUCACAGGACAGCACUGAUAAGAGAAUUUCUUAGUCUGCCACUAUGGCAGGAAAUGACUGUGAAUCCAAACCUUUCUUUAACUUAUGCCCUUACAUCUAGGAAAUGCUACAGGCCUUUUAAGAAUAAACGUCAUGAAAACUGAGCAGGGUGCAGGAGUCAGAAAGAUGAUAUCGCUGACCAAUGAUUUGUAGCAUUAACAAGGCUUUCCAAAUGGCAGACCUGUCUGUGUGUAGUAGUGAUGCUUAUCCUUUUGCCCCUGUGGCUGUUGGACUACAAUUCAUAGCAGGGAAAAGUAGUUCAACAUCUCCUGGCGACUGCAGGUUGGUCAUCAGUGUCAGUUUUAUCAUAUAAUUGCAUAUUGUGUUACUGUGUGGUUUCCUCCGCAUACCUCCUGCGCAGCAACUCUCUUCAUGGACGGCCGUACUAUACCAAUGGACUUGCUCACUGGAGCUUUAUGGCAAAAUGGGUCAUUUCAGAUUCAUGUGACUAACCAAGAGCAAUACUGGGCAGGAAGUUUGCAAAUCAAAGUAUUUUAUCCAAAGGACAGACUGCAGCCCAACUGUUCCUUCAAUAUCAAGAGAUCCUUCCCUGGGAGCGGCGUGAUUAGGCAACAGGUUAAACCGUAUGUACAAAAUCCACUAGAUUGGCCAGAUAGAAUAUCUGCAGUAAUAGGGCCUCAACUGGGCUCCUUUCUUCGUUCAGCCUACAUCUGUUACAACAGCACCCUCCAAUGGUAGAUCUCCAUAUGUGUAUGUACUGAUGAUACUGUGGAUAGGAAUACGCCUGCCCCUCAUUAAGCUAUGGGACCAAGGAACUUCUAACACUAUUGGAUUCCAUUCUGUAGAUGGUGCUAUACCCUUAUUACAAUGCUCGCUCUGUCGGGGUAAGAGCUGGUGAUGGAAGUGUUUGUUCAUGUUUGUUGCAUACAUUAGACUGUCAGUAAGUGACUGUGCUGUGUGGCGUGGGACACUGUCCGGUGAUGUAGUAGUGACUUUUUAACUAUCAAUAAUUAAUAAAAUGAGUUUUUUUCCCAAA